AAGAGCAGAGAGCAGACGGAGCCGCCGUCCUAUGGCUUGAAAACAGGGAAUAACUGUGGAUCACAGCGGAUUUAUUGCACCACACAAGCCAAGAGGAGCGAAGCAGUGGCCACAGGAGCGGACUGGAUGUUGAUGCGGAUGAGGAUAAAGCAUCUUUGAGUGAAACAGUGACCGUUUUGGUUGCAGAGACCCGGACACAGACAACACAGAGACAGACAGAAAGAAGUACCAGAGCCGCCGCGACAACAGCGAGCGAACUUGGCUUCUCUGCCCGGUGGGAGGUGUCUGUCUGUCGGCUGCUACUCAUACCGCUCACCGCUACGCUGUUCGGACCUUUUUGAGAAGGAUAACGUUAAGUUAUUUUUUUUGUAAAUAGCGUCUUUUUUCGGGGUUUUCGGCAACCAACUGUGGCUUUAAUGUGACGCACUAUACUGACAUUUGUGCUGUGUCGAAGCGGACCCCCACUGCAGAGGAGUUAAGGGCUUUUAAAUCAAGUUUUACCUUUAUUUUUCUGCGGUGCCAUCACAACCAACACCAAUGUAAUAGGGACAAGGGCUGAAGCAGAUCAAGCCGGGCCAGGCUAGGCCAGGCUAGGCCUACCUAGCCUUCUGUCUGGCCUUACCAGAAAGUCCAGCGACCUCUCCAGGGUGUCCAAUCCUCAACAAGCAGGACUGCUCUUACAAAAACUUCACCAAACCUCCAAGUCAAGCUGUAACAGACUGGAUUCCAAACAUAUUUUGCUUUAUCAGCCUGCGGGAGGCCACACUGGUCUGUUAUAUCUCCAGUCUUUCCAUGUCGUGGAUGUCCCUCUCUGGAUGUUGGCAACAGGAUGGAUUCGGGUGUUAAUUUGACGGUUGUCACCACAUUGCAGUGCUUGCACCCCCCCUCUAUUGACUGGCUUUCGUCCCCUCCCUCCCCAAUCUUUGAGCGAAAGCCCCUGCCUCUCUCUUGGGGCUUCCCUGAGCCCUGUACAGAAGGGCCUUGUAGGAACUGUAGGUUGUCUUGUUGAAACAGUUGACAUUGUGAAGCGGCGGAAGAGUUACUUAUCCCUUUUCUUUUUCCUGGAGUUUCAUCGGCGGCUGGAGAGCUUUUCGUGUGAAAAAAAAGCUUGCUAGUAGAAAUUGUUGCCCACAUACAUAACAAGUCCUUAUUUAUACGUACAGAAUUAAUUUUUGUGGUCAAAGCCUUGUGGAAGAAUGUCCGAAAGCAACGGCAAAGCGGUGAAAUUCAUUGCCCCGGCCCCCCCUCCUCCCUCUGCCUCUCCCUGUCCAUCACCCCAGUCCCCCCCUAAGAAUGUGAACGGCUCUGCUAGUUCAGACUCGCAUGUUGUGGAGAGGCUCAGCGGACACCCUGAGGUCCAACGUCGGCGCCACACCAUGGAUAGAGACUCUAAAAUAGCAGAGCACCGUUUCUUCCGCCGGAGUGUCAUUUGCGACUCCAACGCCACAGCUUUGGAUCUGCCCAGCAAGGCGGCUGUUAUACUCACCUCACCUCCAGACUGUGAAGGGCCUCCCACCUUCUUAUCACCACAGCCCUCAGGUUCUGGACCUGGGGUUUGUGAUGCCGAAGGUGGCAAGGUCCCAAGAUAUGUGCAAAGCUCGGCCCUUCAGCCUGGUGUUGGGCUCAGUGGGCCUGUCGCAGAGGGGCACAUAGCAAAUGCUGAGGAAGUUUUCAGUGAGGGCAGUAUCACUGUUGCUGAUCCCAAAAGUAGUACUGCUAAAGAACAUGGUGCAGAUGGGGCGGUAAAAGAGCCCAGCCCGACAGUAUUGGAUGUUACCGACAGAACUGCAGGCAAACAGCCUGAUGUCACAUUGCGUCCCAGAGGCUUGGAGGACACGCAACAAGUGGCAAAAGAUAGAAAAGCGAUAGAACACGUGGACGGGGGUUGUGUUAGUAGUCCAAAUGACGAGAAAGAGAGGGAGACGGAGGAGGAGAAGGGGCUAGCCAAAGCACGGGCAGAGCAGAGGGAGGCCGAAAAACGAGUGCAAGAGGAUAUAGAGGAGGCGGAGACAAAAGCUGUGGGGACCUCACCAGAUGGGCGCUUCCUAAAAUUUGACAUUGAGAUUGGAAGAGGGUCCUUUAAGACUGUGUACAAGGGCCUGGAUACGGAGACGACAGUGGAGGUGGCGUGGUGUGAACUCCAGGAUCGCAAGCUGUCCAAGUCAGAGCGCCAGCGCUUCAAAGAGGAGGCCGGGAUGUUAAAGGGUCUCCAGCAUCCUAACAUUGUCCGCUUCUAUGACUCCUGGGAGGGACCAUGCAAAGGAAAGAAAUGUAUUGUUCUGGUCACGGAACUCAUGACAUCUGGCACGCUUAAAACUUACCUGAAGCGUUUCAAGGUGAUGAAAAUCAAGGUCCUGCGUUCGUGGUGCAGACAGAUCCUCAAAGGCCUUCACUUCCUGCACACCAGAGCCCCGCCCAUCAUUCACAGGGACCUGAAGUGCGACAAUAUCUUCAUCACGGGGCCCACGGGCUCAGUAAAGAUAGGGGACCUGGGUUUGGCCACGCUAAAGAGAGCCUCUUUUGCCAAGAGUGUCAUAGGAACCCCAGAGUUUAUGGCUCCAGAGAUGUAUGAGGAGAAGUAUGAUGAAUCCGUCGAUGUCUACGCCUUCGGGAUGUGUAUGCUGGAGAUGGCUACCUCAGAGUACCCCUACUCCGAGUGUCAAAACGCUGCCCAGAUCUACAGGCGGGUUACUAGCGGAGUGAAGCCUGGCAGUUUUGAUAAGGUAGCCAUUCCUGAGGUGAAGGAAAUUAUAGAGGGCUGCAUCCGAACAAACAAGGAUGAGAGGUAUGCUAUAAAGAUCCUGUUGAACCAUGCGUUCUUCCAGGAGGACACGGGGGUCAGGGUUGAACUGGCAGAAGAGGAUGAUGGGGAAAUGAUUUCCAUCAAACUCUGGCUAAGGAUAGAAGACGUCAAGAAGCUCAAAGGCAAAUACAAAGACAACGAAGCCAUCGAGUUCUCCUUUGACCUGAACAAGGACGUCACUGAAGAUGUGGCCCAAGAAAUGGUUGAGUCUGGCUAUGUGGCCGAGGCUGACCAUAAGACCAUGGCCAAGGCUAUCAAGGACCGUGUGUCUCUGAUCCGGAGGAAAAGAGAGCAGAGACGGCUGGUACGAGAGGAACAGGAGAAGAGAAAACUAGAGACUGAGCAACAACAGCAGCUACAGCAGCAACAACAACAACAACAACAGCAACAACAACAACAACAGCAACAACAACAGCAGCAGCAGCAGCAACAACAGGAGACACACAAACCUUCACACACACAGGCUGAAGCAGAGGAGACUGAAGUGGAGCAACAGCAGCUUCACUAUCAGCAGACCGGCAUCUCACACACAUCUGAAGGAGGUCUGGACAGCGGCCAGGGUUCCUCGGUUUUUUCCUCAGACUCCCCCCACCUGGGUCAGCUGACCAUGUCUUACAGCUGCCAGAUUGUUUGAACAUGAACUCCCCAGCCACCCACCCCCUACUCAACCUCCCCCUCUGCAAACCCACAGCAGCACCCAGGCUACGCCCAGCCGCCGCAGCCAAUGCAGCAUUCAAUGCCGCACCCCUACAGUGGAGGAGGGAGCACAGGAGGAGGAGGAGCAGGAGGGAGCGUUCCCCUCCAAACUCUCCCAGACCCCCCUACUAUGUUCUUCCCCUCCAUCCCUGAGCGCCCCAUUUCCUUCUCGCCUCCUCCCACUGGGCCUCCUAAAGCCUACAACACUCAGAGACGCAAGAGCACGUCCAUUCUCGAAGCACACACCAGACACUUCCAGCCUGCCUACCCUCGCUAUGGGAGCAGCCUGCAUCCUUUUUCUGGGAUGGAGGGCGUUGAGACCCCCUCUCUCUUCAUGGUGAAUCCCGGUUUUGCAGCAGCUGCUCAAAGACUUGGUGUCGGGGAGCCACUGCAUCUCCAAGGACAAUCUGACCCAAGUUUGUACGGCUAUAAAGACAUGAGAGCUGAGCACGAGGAAGCAGUAAGGAGAUUAAGUCUAAAUCAAGCUGCCUUAUUGGACCAUUAUGAAGCAAUGGCGUAUGGAGGAUACCCAAUGACUGCACACCAGCUUGGCCACUUGAGUUUCCAUCAGCAGAGGCAAGCAGCAGCUGCAGCCGCGAGUUUAGGUUUUGAUCCCGGUCCUCCACCUCAACCAGGAUUCUUGCACACACACCUCAUUCAAAGAAUGAGUGCACACAGCCCAAUCCCACCCAUGAGUGCGCCCACUGGUGGCUCCUCUUCAUCAUCUGAUGGAUGCUAUCCUCCACAACAGCAUAUGUCCUCUUCUGCUUUCCCAAUCUCUGCACCUCCGGUAAUGGCUGAAGCCCCACCACAAACUGGAGGUGUCUUUGAGUUCCAUUUAGCUGCAGCUGCCGCCGCUGCAGCUGCUGCUGGAGACCCAAACCUCCUGGCAUCUAGACUUUACCGAGCCCGAAGGAGCUCCAUGGACCUUCCUCUAGAGGACAACACUGGAACUGCAUCAGGUGGUUCAGGCACGUAUAGCCGUCUCCAGCCGGUGACAGAAGAGCUGUAUGCAUACGUCAGUCCUGAGCUCCCUUUACCUCCAGGAAGUCUUCUUCUCCACCACAUAAGUGCAGUCACAAAAGACAGAAGCCCAGAACCUUCUAGUGACUCUAUGGCGUCCUCUGACACCGGGGAGUUCCAGUCACCUCCUCCUCCACCUCUCGCCCCCCCCUUUGACUCCUCAGCUGCUCAAUCCAUCCCUCAGUCAUCCUCAGCUGCGCUCUACGAUUCAGCUGGAGGGGCGUUCCCCAUAGAUCCCCAGGGACACCCACCCUCCAUGCAGAGCUUCCUCCCCACCACUCCAUCCGCUGAGCUUGGGGGAGCUUCAUCGACCCAGCUGGAGUCUCUGAUCCAGGGUGCCUGGGCUCGGCAUGGAGGGGUGGUACCGGCCCAACCUGAUAUGACAUACCAUGAGUCAUUACUGGCCAUGCAGGCUGCUAACCCCACUCUGCAGCAGGUUCAGGCUCCCACCCCUCAGCCUACUCCGGGACCCCCUCUGGUUCCUGCCACCACCCAGCCUGCUCCCCCUGGGACCUCCCAACAGGUUGUUUCGUCCAGUCACAGUAUUACAUCAGUUCAGAGCCCCACACACACACCUCUGCCGCAGGUGUCGUCACAACCCAGUGUAACGCCGUCUACCGUUUCCUUGGUGACCCUGCCCUCUUCUUCGCCGUCCCUCCCUGUUACUGUGCCGGCAGCAGCCGUUGCCUCCCCUCCCUCCUCUCUGCCUCUCCCUGUUGGGGUGGUGCCUACUAUUGUUUCCCCACCUCCUCUUCCUCCUCCUCCUGCUCGUGCGCCCACACCUGUGCCUCAGCCAUUGGCCACCGAGGUGCCAAUCAUCAGUGUAGUCACCGCCCCACCUGAUAAUGUGAUGGAAACACUGCCCCAGUCUGCCUCUCAGUCUUCAGAGCUGUCCCAGUCCCAACUGCACCCACCUCAAGUUCUCUCAUCCAUAGAGAGUGGCCACUCUGAGAUGUCAGGUCUGAGCGACGGCAACGAGGGAGGAGGAGGUCGCCAUGAAGGGCGCUCUACCAAGCGACAUCAGAAACGCUCUGUGCGAAGUCGCUCGCGCCAUGAGAAAAUCUCCAAGGCGAAACUCAAUGUCCUCAAUAUAUCCAACCUAGGAGACAGAGUAGCAGAGUGUCAGCUGGAGACCCACAACAGAAAGAUGGUGACUUUCAGGUUUGACUUGGAUGGAGACAACCCAGAGGAGAUUGCCCAGAUCAUGGUCCAGAGUGAGUUCAUCCUGGAGAGUGAGAGGGAGUCGUUCAUUGAGCAAGUCAGAGAGGUGAUAGAGAACGCAGACCAGAAGGGUCUGGAGAGAGACGCAAACAGCCAGAUGGCAGGUGAUAUGGCGCAGCAGAUUCCUGCUAUAUCUGUCCCCAUGCCAGACAUCCCUUCCAGUGCAACAGCACAAGUGGUCCAUUCAGCAGGUCGGAGGUUCAUCGUCAGCCCCGUACCUGAAGCCCGGCUGAAGGAACAAAUGUUUCCCACAUCUGCCUCUCCUGCCCCUGCAUCUCCUGCUGACACAGUUGCUCCAUCUUCAGCUCCAGCUCCAUCCCAGCCUCCAAGCCAAGGUGUUGCGUUGUCGCAGUCUGCUGGAGCCAUCAGCUUACAACAAGCCUUCUCCGAGCUCAAACAGAACCAGACUCAGCUUGAUCCCGGACCCAGCACCGCCCCAGCUGCUAUCCACUCCACCCAUCCUCCUCUGCAGCCUGCAGCAGCUUCUGUACCCUCACAGUCCAGCACAGUCACUCCUACUGUGGAUCCUACUGCUGGGCUUGUUCCUUCUAAUUUAAACCAGGCGCAGGUCAUAGAUGCUUCUCUUUCUCCCCCUUCCUCCUCCACCACCCCUUCCUCUGUGCCUGUUGUCUGUCUCAGCCCUCCUUGCUCCUCCUCCCCUCCUCCUACUGUGGUGAACCAGUCCAUCCUUCAGUCACAGGUACCUCUGCAGGCAGUGUCCCAACCCCAGGGACAGAUGCAGGUCCAGGGGCAAGCACAAAUCCAGCCCCAGGCUUUCACCCAGCCUCAGGCUCAAACUGUCUCUGCUGUCAUUGCUACUUCAGUUCCCUCCACUUUACCAACUGCCAGCAUCCCUCCAACAAUGCUCGCCUCCCCUCCUCCCUCCCAGACUCUUCCCCUUGUAUCCUCCCCUCCCUCCUCUGCCCUUCCAGCCAGUGAAGUCUCCUCCGAUCAUCUUUCAGUCUCUCCUUCCUCCUCCACUUCCACCCUCUCCUCAGUUAUCCCCACUACUGCCAUCCCAGGCCCCCAGCUCGCUCCCUCCACUGCUGGAUCCCACCCCACUCCCCCUCUUGCCUCCUCCUCUCCUGCUGUGGGGCUCCAGACAGUGACCACCAAUGUUCCUUCAGUCCAACCCACCUUGGUCCACUCCCAGCCGCAGACGGCAGCCCUGCCCGGGCAGACGCACACACACUGUGGGGAAUGUGAUGCAAGGUGUGAAGCAUACACUGAGUCCCAAGGCAAACCGGACGACAUCCAAGCUCUGGAGAAGAAGCUGCGGUCUCUCUUCAUGGAUCUCGGUGGAGGGGUGUCGUCCACCCAGGGAGACAUCAUAACUGCUGACCCUGCCUCUGGACCCUCCGUCGCAGGUACCUCAUCCCCACUGGGCCCCGGCUCUACCUCCAGCACAUCUGUCACCACACCUGGCUCCAGCCAGCCAGCCAAUCCUCCUCAGCCCCCCUCCAGCCUGUCACUGGGGUCACCUGCUCCAGUCCAGGGCCCUGGAACACCGAUCUCCACCCCUGCUCCCAUUGUUUCUUCAGUCAUCCCUGCUUCAUCCUUCAGCCAGAGCACUCCAUCCAAAACGCCUUUAUCCAGGGUACCGGCCAGUUCUCCUCCUUCAGAACUCCUGCCGUCCUUCCCUGGACCUUGUCUAAUACAGUCCCAGCAGCCUUUAGAGGACCUUGAUGCUCAGUUGAGGAGAGCACUGAGCCCAGAGACAGUUCCUGUCAGCACACACACACAGGCCUCUCACGGUGGCAUAUCGUCAGCGGGACAACCAAUUCCCUUCUCUCUGGAGGAAGCAACUCCUCCUCCUCAUCCUUCAGGUGGAAUUAAACUGGGAAGAUUUCAGGUCUCAUUGGCUGCUGAAGCACCUCCUGUCCAACGUCCAGCCUGCACCGAAUCAUCCUCAACCACCACCUCCUCCUCCUCCUCGUCUUCCUCCUCCUCGUCCUCCUCCACUCUCUCCAGCCCAGAGAACACACUGCACAAGGACUCCUCUUCUCCUCUGAAAGGGGGAAAAGGAGGAGAUGUUGUGGAUGGACUCCCACAACGGACUCUUGGAGCGCCUCACCAAGCCUCCCCCUUCACCUCACCCUGCCCCUCUCCUAAACCUACUACAACCAUCGGACGCUUCCAGGUUACCACCAACCCGGAGGCUCGUGUCGGCAGAUUCUCAGUCAGUCGUGCCCAGGAGCAGAGCCUCGAGCCCAAGCAGACCCUUCCACCCGCCGCCGCCCAGGCUGCUAAUGGACCCAGUAAUCCUGUGCAGAUUUUGAGUCCAGACUCCACUCAUAAAGCCUCGCUGCCGAGUCUAAACAACAACUCCUUCAAUAACUCCUACAUCAGCAGUGACAAUGACUCCGAAUUUGAGGAUGAAGACUUCAAACGGGAAGUCAGCCACCUCAGAGAAAAGCACAUGCGUGAGAUUCAGGCCCUGCACUCCCGCCAGAAGGAGGAAAUAGAGAGUCUCUUUACCAGGCUGGGGAAGGUUCCUCCAGCUGCAGUGCUCCCUCCAGUGAUAGGCUUGACCGGCAGGAGGCGACGACCUACCAAAAGCAAAUCCUCCAAAUCAUCCAGAACCAGCUCCACUCACAGCAGCAAGAGUCCAUUACAGCCAGGCAGCACUUUAUCCGCCCAGAGCGUCCCCACCAUGUUCCCCGGUCAGCUGGCUCUGUUAGCACCGGGAGGAUUAGCAGAUUCGGGCAGCAGCACUCUGCUCCAGCCACUCAAACCCUCUCCCUCCAGCAACAACCUGUGUUCGGCCUACACCAGCGAGGCGGCGCUCUCUGUGCCCAGCCUGUGUGCUCCCACCCCAGGGACUAACAGCACCAAUGCCGUGAGUGGUUCAGGCGGUUUGGGUCAGAGCCAGGGGGGUUCUCAGUGUCUGCCCCCCAACAUGUCCGCCCCCCACCAGAGGAAAGGAACCUUCACCGAUGACCUCCAUAAACUGGUGGACAAUUGGGCCAGAGAUGCCAUGAACCUCUCACAGGGGAAGAGGAGUGCCAAACAGCUGCAGCAGGCCCCAGUACAAGGACAUAGCUAUGAGGUUAUCCAGUCAGCCAGUAUGAGCAGGAAGUACUCUGCUCCCAGCCAGCUGUGUCCCAGCAGCAUCGGAGGUUCAGCCCACCUCCCUACAAACUCCACCACCGCUACCUCUCUGGCUGCCCGCAAGGGUUCCCUGUGCCACCCCCCUGCCACCUCCACUCCGCCUCAGUCCCAGCCUCCCCAGUUCAUCCCCUACACCCCCACCGCUGCCUACAGCGCACAAUGGUCCGGUCCGGCUCACGGCCUGUCAACCCCACACCAGGCCCCAGCACAGCCUGGUCCUCUACUGGUCAGCACCUCCCAGCCCCUGGGCCCCUACCCCACCACGGUCGGUGGACAGGGCCAGAUUCCCGGGCAGGGGCCGCUCCAGUCUUUCCAUCUGACCAACUCUCUCCAGAAGUCGGUCAGCAACCCAGGAGGACCCAACCUGCGGACCACGUAGGGCUGGGGGUGAGGGCUGAUUGAAAUCACAGCCCGACUGGCCUGAUCUGGUUUGGGACAAAGUGUUACGGGCUCGAUCGGCUGGAGAGGACAGAAGAACUGGAGAGUGAGGAGUUUGAAAUGACAGAAUCUGUUCAAGAGGAGCAAAGAGAGGAAAGGAGGAGGAGUGAAGAAAUCAGGAAUGCGAUGUGGCAACAUCUCCACAGUUUGUGUGAUGCACCUCGCCUCAUCUAUGUGUGUGAGAAGCCGUCACAGAUACAAAGGCAGUCACACAAUCUCCCUCUCUGUUGUGUUCGACUGUGGGCUGUGACAGCCGGUCAAAUGCUCGAGGAUACAGAAAAAGACUCCUGAGUGCAAUGUGAAAAGGCCAAAGAGGUUUUGACAGGGUGUGGGAUUGGUGUUAGUAGCUGUUUGUGUGUGAGGUGUUGUGUAUGCGCACUUAUGGCUUGGUCACUCUCGCUCCAUUUCAUGCUUUAAAUUGAGUGAACAAGUCUUUACAAGGCAGGUCACACAAUCAACCUUGUGAGACAGCGGAGGAGAAACUUAACAUCAGGUUGAGGGGGAUGAAUGUGGUGGCCAGCUUCAACAAAUUUGUGUCCUCACAGCACCUCAUAAAAGCUUCUAACACUGUAAUUGCUUAGAAUAUUUUAGCUCUCAGGCUGAGUAUUAGGAAAUCUUAAGCUCUCAAAGAAGAUAGACACAUACACCAAUGCAGUUUUUCCAAAUUUAAUACAUCUAUAAAGAGGUAGCUGGUGGAUAUAGAGGGGAACAUGGCUGGUCAUCACAUUAAGGUCAUCUUUCUUUUCUGAAAUCAAGCAGCAGCCGUGUUUUUCCGCCAGCAGUUUGCGUCCCUGAAAGGAGCAGUGUGUAGGAUUUGGUGGCAUCUGGCGAUGAGGAUUGCAGCUGCAAACAGCUCAAACUUCUCCCAUGCGCCAAGCAUUAACUCCUAGUCUGAAUUCCUUCCCGGUUCAUUGUUCAGGAGAUUUUUUUCAGCAAGCACCGAAUAAUCUGCAGAGGUCUCUUCCUCUCCAAAACACCGGUGAUUUAAACAGGUGAACACUGAAUACAGCAGUUUGGCUUUACAAAUCAGUGAUUUGCAGAUGCUAUUCAGCAUGUCAAAGCCGAGCACCUGCUAGUAUGAGCUCACCUUUUUUUCUCUGAUAACUUAAGAUUAUUAUAACAUUCAGGAGGUUUUCACUGGCAGCUGAAUUACACGCAGCGGUCUUUUCCUCUCCAAAACAAGCAGGCAGAGUAAUUUAAACUGGUAAAAACACUGAAUAAAGCAGUUUCACCUUAUAAAUCAGUGUUUUUCCAAUGUUAUUUGGCUCCUGGUGGACAGGCUGUUAACCACGGCGGCCAACACAAAAACAUGAAUGGCCCUGUUUGGAGUCAGUGUUUGGUGUGUCCGUUCUGGGCUACUGUAGAAACAUGGCGGACUCUGUGGACGAGGAGCCACUCCCUAUAUACACAUAAACGGCUCAUUCCUAACUCAUAAAACCACAACAAUUCUUACUUUCAGGUGAUUAUACACUAAAGAAAGCAUACUUAUUAUAAUGAACUCAAUUUCUGCCAAUAUAUCCCCCUAAAUCCUGCACACUGGACCUUUAAAUGUAUGCUUGAAAGCAAGGAUGCACACAGUUAAAGGCUUUGACAUCAGAUGAGAGCAGAAAUUUGAAUUCAGGAAGUUGUUUUGCUUCAGUAUUCAGAAUUUCGAAUAUUUUCCUCGACCAUUCAAAGCACAAAAAAAAAAGAACAAAUUAAACGCACAUUGAGAAUUUUGAGCGUCUGGAGCUGAGCUGACCCCUAGCCUGGUUUAGAGUACAGCAGUAGCACUUAUUGGGGUUUUGACUCGUCAGCUUGAGAAAACUCGUGACAGCUGCUCCUCCGUUACCUUCUGUGUCUUGUUCCUCCCUUGUUCUGACAAACCAUUCAAACAGAUGGAGAGAGAUGGAGGAAAGAAAGUGGAUGAAGAGGGAGAGCGAGUGAGUGUUUGUGUUAGAUAACAGUCAAACACCUCAUCUGUUUCCCGUUCCACUGCUUACUUUAGGAGCAUACUGGCUGCGUGCGGCAUCAAUAAAGCACUGGAAGGACAGGACAGAUGCCUCUGCACACCAGACGCCUCUUCACCGUCACGACUCCACCUCUUCCUCCAUCCCUCUCUCCGCCUCUCUGUUGCCAUUUGAAGCAAUAACAGCAGGAACCUUUCAGAGAAAAAAAAAGCCCAAACAUGAGAGAACUCAGUGUGAAAAAAGUGGCCUUGUUAUCAGAAUAAUAUCAGAGUCCCUGUACAGUUUGUGUUUAUUUUUUAGAAUGUCAGCCAUGAUGAUUCCAUUUUGUUGUUUAUUUUGUUUUUGUUGGGUUUGUUUUGCUCGCUGCCCCCAGCCAGCAAUCUGACACACACAAACACACACACACACAAUGCAUGAGACAUUCAUACAAACACACACAUCUACAAACACACAGUCAUGUAAAUACACACACAUUGUUGGAGGCGUAGCAGCCGUUUAACACACAGACUAAUGCCUCAGUUCUUAGUGUCAUCAGUAGGUUGGGUUUCAACGUUUGCGUUGAAAUAAUUGCAAUGUACAUUAAUUAUUGUUGUUAAUGAUUAUUAUUCUAUUUAAAAAGAAACAAAAACAAAAACGUGUUCUGUCGAUGGACCUGUUAUACGCGCACAUCGGUGUACGAUGUGGAAACACUGUGAUUAUUGUUGUUUAUUAUUAGCAAAUGUUGUUGGACAACAUGAGUUUUAGGGUGAAACGUCAUGAAUGAAAAAAACAGAAGCAUACAGAGAGCGGUUUGGGGGCCUUUCACUUUCAAUUCACUGAUCUCAGCAAGUGGAUUCUCAUCAAAAUGUGAAAAUUAAGAUCACGUCUUUUUAAAUAAUGAUCCUCGCAUCCAGAUACUGAGGACACAAUCCAAAAUAAAUGCCUUACAGACAGCUGAUCAACAGCAGUUCCUUUUUUUAAACUGAUUGAAUUGAAAGUCGAAAUUGACCUCCAAGCCUGAUUAUAAAGACAAACCGGAGUGAACGGCAGGAUAGUUGAUAUUUAGAUAAUAAAGUAAUGCUAGCUAUUUUUUUUUCUUAAUACAGUACUUAUAUAUCAGACACUUUAAAUAGCCCUCCUCUUCCCUUUCUCCCCUGGUUUUGUUAGAUGAAUGUGAAUGUAUAAACCAAUGGUGUCCAUUUUAAUGUA